CCCCAAAACCCCUCAUACUUUAAUUAAGGUUGAACACUUGGGUUAAUUAUUACUAAAUAUUACCUAUUUCAGAUGAACAGUUUAAAUACCUUAUUUUAAGUUAUGAACUUUAGCUAAUUCAAGGCUUCUUAAAUUUUGGUAAAAACCUCACAACUUUUCAUACAGACUAAUUUUGAGAUCAGGGUCUUCAAUAGGGUUGUCAUCCUUUAUUUUAUUCCAAAAUUUCUUAAAGAAACCUUUGGUUGCUUUCUCGUACUUCCUUCAAGCAUCAUCAAUUUUACACAGGAAAUUCUGGAUGCUCAUUAAGCAAAUCUGGAACUUGCUCGCUUGAAAAAUAAAAUCGAUACUGAGUGGGAACUCUUCACUCGGAGUUUUAGCCAGGAAUGGGUUCUUACAGCUCAGAAUCACAGUUUUGGUGUCAUAAUAAUACGACUCCUCUAAUCUGUUAGGGAUUGCAUCCAUCAGCUUAUUUAAGCUCAGGCAUUUUCUUAAGCCUGUAUCGAUAAUAAUUCUUGUGAAUUAUUCUCCAGUGAAGAGAUAGCAUCUCCAAAGUUUUCAAAAAUAUCGAUAUUUAGCUACAGAUAUCUUCUAACUCUCUCUUCUUGGACUCCUAAGAAGCCGUACUCCCUGGACUUGCUUGAGACCAUUUCGGAAGAGCAUUAUUUACAAAGGAUGUGGCCUCCUUCUUAAAACUCUUAAUCAUCUGUGAAGGAUUCCUAACUUUGGUAAUAAAGGAAUAGUUAUCCGUGAGCUUUGAUGUAUUCAUACUGAUUCCCACAUUUCCAGUAUUUCGACUCCGAAACUCUGAAUUCAUCAAUUUAGGGAACUUCUUUUCCUUCUUAGUAGUAUAAAGGAAUGACUUGCUACUAUCAAGUAAGUUCUCUUUCAAGGGAGGCACUUUCGGGGACUCAAAAGCAAAGUUAUUAAGCCCUGUCUUUUCAAACGACUAUCAAUAUUCUCGUGGUAAUAUUUUCCACAAAAAAUAGCCACUUACUACUUAUCCGAGGAGAUUCCCUGAAGAAGUCAAGAGAAUCGAGUAUUUCUGCUGAAAUUCACUUGCUUUUAUUAAUAACUUGUGAAAGUAGGACUCCUGACCGCUGUUUAAAACUUUUUAGCCAUUUAUAGUUUUAUUCUCCAAUAUUUCUCUCUGUUUCUGGUUGUCAAAACUAUGCUUAGGCGGCAUCCUUGGCAUAUUUAUAGUAUACCUUCAAUUACUUCCAUGCAAUUUCGAGCUAACUGUUACCCUCUUGUAGUUAAGAGGCGAUAUACUGUUAGGAUAGUGGAUAUUACUACUCUCAAGGUGCUCUUGAGUCUCCAUAAUUAUGUAUUAAAAAAAUGCUUUAUAUAA